AAAGCUCUCUGAAAUAAAUAAUCUUUUUUUUUUCUCCCUUUAAUGGAAAUCUCUGCUUUCCCAUUUCCAUACCUUCAAGACGACGAGUGUUCCCAUUUCCUUGGUCUAUUUCAAGACAUGGACUCUUCUCCUUCUGGUUUCGGAUUAGAAGGUUUUGGUAACAACGACAAUAAUACUAAUCCUAAGAAACGCCCAAGGAAGGACGACGAAGGCGGUGGCGGCGGAGGAACAGAACUCGGAGCACCUGUGAAUGGUGGUAAUAAGGCUGCUUUUGGAGAUAUACUCGCAACGCUUUUGUUGUUAGACGAGGAAGCGAAACAGCAACAAGAACAGUGGGAUUUUGAAUCUAAUAAAGAGAAGUCUCUUCUUGAAGCUAAUCACAAGAAGAAAGUGAAAACAAUGGAUGGUUAUUACAAUCAAAUGCAAGAUCAUUACUCUGCAGCUGGUGAAACCGAUGGUGCGCGUCCAAAACGCGCUCGGAAAACAGCGGUUGCGGCUGUGGUUUCCGCGGUAGCUUCCGGGGGAGACACAACCGGUUCUACUGGUCCGGUACCGGCCGCGGAUAUCGCUAGCGGUUCCGGGUCCGGACCGAGUCAUAGGCGGUUGUGGGUUAAAGAACGAACCACGGACUGGUGGGACAGAGUAAGCCGGCCUGAUUUUCCGGAAGACGAGUUCCGGCGAGAGUUUCGGAUGAGCAAAUCGACGUUUAACCUAAUCUGCGAGGAGCUAGACACGACGGUGACAAAAAAAAACACGAUGCUAAGAGACGCGAUUCCAGCUCCAAAACGCGUAGGCGUUUGCGUUUGGCGUUUAGCUACAGGAGCUCCGCUUCGCCACGUGUCGGAGCGUUUCGGUCUCGGAAUCUCAACUUGCCACAAGCUAGUCAUCGAAGUCUGCCGCGCGAUCUACGACGUUCUGAUGCCGAAGUAUCUCCUCUGGCCGUCAGAUUCAGAGAUCAAUUCAACGAAAGCCAAAUUCGAAUCGGUCCACAAAAUCCCAAACGUCGUCGGAUCAAUCUACACCACACAUAUUCCGAUCAUCGCUCCGAAAGUCCACGUGGCGGCGUAUUUUAACAAGAGACACACGGAGAGGAAUCAGAAGACGUCGUACUCGAUAACAGUCCAAGGAGUGGUCAACGCCGACGGAAUCUUCACCGACGUUUGUAUCGGAAACCCAGGAUCUCUCACCGACGAUCAGAUCCUAGAGAAAUCUUCGCUUUCACGGCAAAGAGCGGCGCGUGGAAUGUUACGUGACAGCUGGAUCGUCGGAAACUCUGGGUUUCCGUUGACUGAUUGGCUUCUUGUACCGUACGCGAGACAGAAUCUGACGUGGACGCAGCACGCGUUUAACGAGAGUAUCGGAGAGAUUCAGGGGAUUGCGACGGCGGCGUUUGAAAGGCUUAAAGGAAGGUGGGCUUGUUUACAGAAACGAACGGAGGUGAAGCUUCAAGAUCUGCCGUAUGUGCUUGGAGCUUGUUGUGUGUUGCAUAACAUUUGUGAGAUGAGGAAGGAGGAGAUGUCGCCGGAGCUGAAGUUUGAGGUUUUUGAUGAUGUGACGGUGCCGGAGAACAAUAUCCGAUCUGUGACUGCGGUUAAUACGAGGGAUCAUAUCUCUCAUAAUCUCUUGCAUCGUGGACUUGCCGGCACAAGAACUCUAUAGACUCUGUUUUUCGUUUUACAUUUUAUUGAAAUUGAUUUUUUAUUGCAAAUUCUUUUUCCAAAUUAGGAAUAAAAACUUUUAGGGAUU